UUUGCCGCAUCUGCUUUGCGGAAGGAGGCCGAAACAUUUUUCGCAAUGGGCCGCCCAAAGACGACGCGUUCACUCAGGCGUCGGUCAGUGAUUUGGCACUCAAGCUUCGGUUUGUUACGAUGCUGGAGAUUGAAGAAAACAAUGGAUUGUCCCCGUGGCUCUGCGAAUCGUGUAUCGUUCAACUAAAUGUGGCGUACUCCUUCAAACAGCGUGCUUGGGAAGCUGACCUUAAGCUACGCGAGCUGCGGUCCCACGAAAAGGACUCCACACGCAGCAUCGAUCAAUCCUCCGAAGAAACCUCCGUGUUCGAGAACGUGUGGGUGAAGGAAGAGGCAGUGAUUAUCGAUGAAAUAGCCACCAUGUGUUCGGGUGAGUUGUCAACCAAAGAACCUGCUGGAAACCACCGUUGCCACGACCAACAGGAUCGCACGCCCAGGACUCCGUCACCAAUUCCGACGGCGAACUCGAGCAAAGUGCCCAUGGUGAUCGUGAACUGCGUGUCCCUUGCGCCGUCCCAGGACGAGCAGUUUAUGAAUACGAUACUUUCCAGCACGGAGACUUCCCCACUAGCCACUAGCCCACAAUCAACGAAGAAAUCCGAUCAAGUGGCGGACAAUAACGAAUCAAAGGUGAAAUUCGACCUGUCGACACCAAAUAAACACAUUGCGCCCGGGUGUUCGGCAUCCGUGUCAUGUGAUAAUGAAAAACACGAACGCAACAUCCCGUAUUCGAAACUAUCAUUGCGCGCCAAACAGGCAGACCGGCUGAAGAAAAUGCUGCACAUCGAUUUGAAUCUGGAAAAGACGCAUCCGUCGUUCUCUUCGACGCGACGGGGAAUCAGGAAGAUCAAACACCGGCGCUAUUCCGUCUGUGCCGUCGUGCACGGAAAACUGACAUAAAUUUGUAGUAUUUUUAUUAUUGCAUUAGCUUUUAUUUUAGUCCUGACUGGCCUUAAGACUAUUUAUGCAUUCGUUUCCG